AUGAUAAAAGAGAAUGGAGACAUCCUCAGUGAGGCAAGAUAUAGUCCCUGACAUGACUGUAAAUAUGCCUGCACAUUCCUAACAUUCAGGGAAGUUCACUCUUCAUAAUAUAUAGAUAGCUAGUCACAUACAUGAGUGACUUUUACUAGAAUACUCACAAAGAUAGCUAGAGCAAUUACAAAAUAGAUCACCUCUUGCAACUAACAUUAUUGGUAACAGGACACCGAUAACAAUUGCUCCCAACUCUUCCACUGUUUGUUUUAUUCCCAUUGCAGGGAGAGGAGGCUGGAACAACAAGUUCCGGCCAGCCCAGAAGAACAGGAUGAGUGUGAACAUUCUCCGUCAGGAGGAGCUUAUCGCUCAGAAGAAGCGCGAGAUCGAGGCUAAGAUGGCAGAGCAGGCCAAGAAAAAGAGCCUUCAGACUCCCAACAAGCCACUGCCACCAAGGUACAGUAGACCCUAGUCUUUUGAAACACUACAAAUACCUCUCAUCAAAACUACUCAAUCCCAGCUGGAAGUACUUGAUUCUGUCCCACUUGACUGCAGCCAUGGAUUUUGACUUCUUAUCCCCACAAUUUACCCAGUUUACAGGGACACUCUUCGAACAACAACAAGUAUGUGAAUGACGGAAGCUUCUUACAGCAGUUUAUGAAGCUUCAGAAGGACAAACCCAGCUCUGACUCUGGUGAGAUAGCUAGCUCUUUUCUUUAAUUGUUUCAAUUGAAAAUGGGCUAGGACUUUAUUUUAAUGGUACAGAAAUGAUUAAAUAAAAUGGUAAUAACACAAUUUAUUUAUUAAUUUUCUUCUGGAUUCAUUAAACAAUUAAGAAAACACUGCAGUGAGUGUUAACCCAAUUGUGUACCCUCUCCAGGUUCCAGCAGUGACACCAAAGCCCCGUCGUCAUCCACUCCCAGUCCGUCGUCGGGAGUGUCUCAGCCCCAGAUGAAGAGCAUUCUCAUCGGUAAGCGCCCCGGUCUAGGGAUCAGCAGCAUGCUGAACCAGUUUAAGAACUACUCCCAGUCCAAGAAGACCCCACUUCGCCCCCAAAGGCCUAGCAUAUUCAGCUCCCCAGAUGAAGAUGAUGAUGAUGAGGAGGAAGUUGAUGAUUCGAGCUUCCUAGAGAUCAAAGGUAAUUCAUGAUCUGUGUUUUUAAAUAUCAAAGGACUGCCAGGAGCCUGGGUGCAAGUCUGAUUCAGUCCUAUUCUACUUGUUGUCAUUUCACCCAUGUCAUUGACUGUGUAUUCCAGUUGCAGAGUAGCUGCUUCCUGAGAAUAAUGCUUUGCCUGAAUUCUCAUAGCCUUCUACAGUAGAGUAAAGGUAACCUAGUCGUCUUAAAGUCUUUCCCCCAGAAGACCCAGACACACGACUUAUCCUGGACAAGAUGGCGGCCUUUGUGGCUGAGGGAGGGCCUGAGCUAGAGAGGAAGGCCAAGGAGGACUACAGGGACAACCCUGUUUUCUCGUAAGUCUGCAUGGAUGUAGGUACUAACAGCAUGUUGAAUGUAUAGCUAGUAUGUAGUGUAUGUAAUGAUGCCUCUUUUAGUCCUGAUUAUAAAGGUAUUUUCCCUCCACCUUACAGAUUCUUGUAUGAUAAUAACAGCCGGGACUAUCUUUAUUACCGAAAGAGAGUUGCUGAACUCCGAAAGGAUAACUCAAAACAUGAGAUGCCAUCACGUUCUAAUGGUAAGAUUACCUAUAUCACUCUCUCACGUUCUCACUCUCUCAAAGACUACAGAUUAAAAGAACACCAUUCAAUCUAUAUUUAUACAUGUGAAUGAGUCAUAUGUGAGAUAAAUAUAAUUGCCCUCCUUGGAGAGUUUUAGUUGAUGUUGAAAGUAACCAAUACACAUGAAAGAAAGAGGAGGAUCGACGCUUCAAGUUACAGAUGCACAAUGAUUUACUGAAUACUUUCACCAUGGUACAAGUCAUUCAUGACACAUUUCGAUUACCUACGACGGUUCAUGGUGUUAUUUAUUCAACGAUUUUACGAUUAGGCCUAUAUUCCAUUAUCAAAUCCAUACAAUCCACUUCCCCAAUCACCACCGUGUCCCCCUGCUCCUCCUCCUUCCCCAAUCACCACCGUGUCCCCCUGCUCCUCCUUCCCCCCUCUUCUUAUCCCCUACUGGCUGUAGGCGGGUGUGUGAGGGCCAGUUGAGUACGGUACGGUAGUAGUGUGAGUUGAGCCCCAGUACUGAUAGGCUGCUUAAAGUCUCCCCCCCAGUGGACGAGGAGACCCAGAGGGUGGCUGAGAAGCUGGCCAUGUUUGUGGCCGAUGGUGGCCCCGAGGUGGAAGCCAUCGCCGCCCAGCACAACCAGGACAACCCCACCUUCAGGUUAGUGACAGUCUCAGAUAUUGUAACGAGAGCGUUUAAUGUAUUCAUCCUAUUGUAUUGUUCCCUAAGAAUACAUUGAUUUGUCAUAAGCUUUCAAUAAAAUAAAGUAAGCAAUACUAACAUGUAAAUUGGAUAAAAUACCAUAAAAGACGGCAUUUUUAUUCUUCCUUUUCGCAGUUUUCUAUAUGACCUCCAAAGCCCCGCCCACCGUUUCUACAAGGAGAAGGUGGAGGAGUACCGCCAGGCCAAAAAUGCCCAGAGCCCCCCUCCAACGAUCAAGCAGGAGCCUGGGGUGGGGCUCAAGAGACCGGCCGCCCCUCCCCUGACCUAUCCUCCCCCCCCUCCGCCCCCUCACUACCCCUACCUGGUGGGCCAAGUAAAGCUAGAGCCAGGUCUGGGGAUAAAACAGGAAGCGGCAGGUCCCCCCGUGGUGAAGAGAAAGAGGAAGAGCCGCUGGGGGUCGGAGGACGACAAGGUGGAUCUGUCGCAGCAACCCAUCAUCAUCCCCAAGGAGGAGGAGCCAGAGCCCAGCCCGUGUCUCUCUGGUAAUCACACACCCAAACAAAACACACAUACACGGAGUGUACAAAACAUUAGGAACACCUUCCUAAUAUUUAAUUGCACCCCCUUUUGCCCACAGAACAGCCUCAAUUUGUUGGGCAUGGACUCUACAAGGUGUCAAGCGUUCCACAGGGAUGCUGACCCAUGUUGACUCCAAUGCUUCCCACAGUUGUGUCAAGUUGGCUGGAUGUCCUUUGGGUGGUGGACCAUUCUUGAUGCACACGGGAAACUGUUGAGGGUGAAAAACCCUGCAGUAUUGCAGUCUUGACACACUCAAACAGGUGCGCGUGGCACCUACUACCAUACCCUGUUCAAAGGCACUUCAGUCUUUUGUCUUGCCCACUCAACCUCUGAAUGGCACACAUACACAAUCCAUGUCUCAAGUCUUAAAAAUCCUUCUUUAACCUGUCUCCUCCUCUUCAUCUACACUGAUUUGAAGUGGAUUUAACAAGUGACAUCAAUAAGGGAUCAUAUAGCUUUCACCUGGAUUCACCUGGUCAGUCUGUCAUAGAAAGAGCAGGUGUUCCUAAUGUUUUGUACACUCAGUGUAUGUUCAGCCUCUCUUGUAUAACACACACAUAGAGACAGUCGUUCUAGUAUAAGACUAAAAACAGUGUUUGUAAGGUAUGUCCAUCCAUGCUGAGUGUGUGUGUGUGUGUGUGUGUUUCAGUUCAUGAACUGAGGGAUCUGGGCUAUAAGAAGGGCAAGCCUGUGGGCCUGGUGGGAGUGACUGAGCUCUCAGACGACCAGAAGAAACAGCUCAAAGAGCAACAGGAGGUACUACAUGACUGACAGACAGACAGCACAAUACACUAGGGCAGCAAAUUGUACUUUCCCAAUUUGAAUUGUCGGGGACUGGGCAAUGUUAAUCCUUGGUUUGGUAUGGGGGUGUCUAGCAUACUUCAAACCUCUAACAAAACCAAAUGGGCUUGGUUGUGUUCGAUCUCAGCCACCUUGCAAUCUGUCCCUGAAACCUUGCCUGAGGUGUGUGUCCGGCCUGCACAUGCGUGUGUGUGGUGUGUCUGUGUUCCCACCUCAGAUGCAGGAGAUGUUUGACAUGAUCAUGAAGCAUAAGCGUGCGAUGACGGAGAUGCAGGUGAUGUGGGAGAAGGCGGUGCGGGACCACUCCCACGAGUAUGACAGUGACGAGGAGGUGGACCAGCAGGCUGGCACCUGGGAGCACCGCCUCCGUCACAUGGAGAUGGAGAAAACACGUGGUAAGAUUCAUGAAGACAAUGGCCAACAUGAAGACAGUGUUUGAGAUUUUCAAAACCGUGAUGUAUCAUGGGUAAAUUGACUGACUGAUCUACAAGUGAUAUUGAGUAGUUAUUUAUGAUGCAAAGUGAUUUGUAGAUCAGUCAGUCUCGGCUCGCCUUCAAAGUCGGCUGCAAUGUCAAAUGCGCCCAAUUUGUUUAUGUUAAAGUGAAAGGACUUAAAGGGAAAUGUGAAAAAAAUGUCAACUUCAUAUUCAUCAUCUCCAGCACCAUCCCAACAUCAAGCAUAUGUGAAAAUGGCUCAUUUCUAUGUUUUGUAGUAAAAAGAUUGAGGAAGAUAAGUGUUUCCAAUGACAUCAUCAACCAAUUAGUAGGUAAUGCCUACUCAUAAUUGGUUAAAAUGACACGAUGCACACCAAUGAUGUCAUUGGGAACACUUAUCUUCCUCUGUCUUUUUUACUACAUUUUCACAUAUGUUGAUGUUGGGGUGGUGCUGUUGAAACAUUUUGAAAUUUACCUUUAAGUCCUUUUGAAUGUGAGAUUUAAUUCUUCAAAAGAUCAGUUUGUUACUACGACAAAUCAUUAAUCAACUCUGAGAUGUACUCUGUUAUAUUAACCUGGGCCACGUUUAAUCUGAACGUUCCAAUACGUUGUGUCCUGCUGACCACGCCCCUGAAGUGAUUUGGUGUUGAUGUAAAUGGCUGCAUGUGUCUUCCUCCAGAGUGGGCGGAGUCGCUGACUGACAUGGGAAAGGGGAAGCACUUCAUUGGUGACUUCCUACCUCCGGAGGAGCUGGAGAAGUUUAUGGAGACCUUCAAGGCACUCAAGGUCGGUCCACUCCCCAUCUCUUCUCUUCACCACUUGGUCCUUGACCCCUUCGUUGUCUUGCCUCAGCCCAAAAGGAAUUACCUGUGAACCACCAUUUGUGAAACAUUCUAUUCACAUGUUCUCAUGUUCUUGCCUUGUGUUCUGCAGGAGGGCCGUGACCCAGACUACUCUGAGUAUAAGGAGUUUAAGCUGACGGUGGAGAACCUUGGUUUCCAGAUGCUCAUGAAGAUGGGCUGGAAGGAGGGUGAUGGUCUCGGCUCUGGCGGACAGGGCAUCAAGGCUCCGGUCCACAGGUUGGGAACUGUCAAAUACACACACUCACAGACACAUAGUAUACACACAUGGACUAAGACAUGGUCACACUAAGACAGGCACACAAACACUUCACACUAUUGUCUGAUACAAGGUAUUCUACACAGCUUACAGACACACAGAGAGACACACACCUAGCCAGCUGAUGUCAUGUGUUUGUUCCAGGGGAACCACGGCUGUUGACGGGGCAGGGUUUGGCGUGGAACGGCCCGCUGAGCUCUCAGGACAGGACGAUGAGUAUGACGCUUUCAGAAAGAGGAUGAUGCUAGCCUACCGCUUCAGGCCUAACCCACUGGUAACUACUACAUAACAUGCAAGCUGUUCCGUUCAGAUGACCUGGCGUCGGCAAGAGUUUGGGGUAACACGUCUGUCUCUCUUCUCAGAACAACCCGAGGAGGCCAUACUACUGAUGAAGAGAUCUGAACUUGGCCGACUUGGUCAACUUUUCUUUUUUUAAACAACCAACAGUGGCAUAUUGUGAUGGCCCAGUUAUUUAUUUAUCUUUGUUGUGGAAACAAACUGUAAGACACUCAGUUCAAGUAAUCUCCACUAGAUUGUGUGGAAUUGUAUGGUUGGUGAUAAACGGUUUAGGCUGGAGAUUAAGGAUGGAUUUGUCUGAUCUAAAGUUUGCUGUUCUUACUCAACUGCAGAAUGAAAGUUUCCUAUUUGAUCAAUCGGACGGCUAGGGUAGCAUU